CCAUUUAAACGAGAGCAUGUUCCCUUCCGGAAGAAUAUCUUUGACGCACUGUCCAUCGCUAAAUGAGUCCCCGUUGUUUGGAUCUGUAAAACAUCUAGCAUGGGGGCCCUCGUGAGGACGUCGUCAUCUCUUGCAUCCUAGGACUUGAACGCAAUGUCCUGCUUUAUACUGUCAGGAAUUGUCGGCGCCUGCCGUCCUCGCCCCUGGACUCACUGCCACCUGCUCUGCCUCCCGGUUGCUUACUGCGCCCACUCUAAGCCAAGGUCACAUCGCCAGCUGCAUGUGAAUACUACAUACUUCACAUCCAGCAAUAUUGGGGCCGCCUGGAGCUCUGGCCAUGGCCCGGUGUUCCGCAGAGCAUUGGCCUACGGAGACAGGCUGGCCAUCGUCGACGACAGUGGCCGUCACAGCUACAAGCAACUGUACGGCUGCAGCCAGGGCCUCGCACAUCAAUUAAGCUCUGCCCUCCUUGGCUGUAGCCACGGUGACCUGCAAGGGAAACGUAUUGCCUUCCUAUGUGCCAACGAUGUGUCAUACACGGUGGCCCAGUGGGCCGUGUGGAUGUGUGGAGGCGUGGCUGUCCCACUCUACCACAAGCACCCGGCAUCCGAGCUGGAGUACAUCAUCUCAGACGCCCAGAGCUCCCUGCUGGUGGCUGGCCACCCCUACGCUGGCAAGCUACAGCCUCAUGCCGACAAGCUUGGGCUGCCCUGCAUUGCCCUCCCCUCUACCGCCGACCUAGGCUCACUGAAGCGGGCUGAGAACCCAGAGAUGGAGCUGAAUAUCACGGACUGGGGCCAGAGACCCGCCAUGAUCAUCUACACUAGUGGCACAACAGGCCGGCCCAAAGGAGUCCUACACACACAUAGCAGCAUUCAAGCUAUGGUCCAGGGCAUGGUCUCAGCGUGGGCGUGGUCCAAGGAUGACGUCAUCCUACACACCUUGCCCUUGCACCACGUGCAUGGCAUUGUGAACAAGCUGCUGUGCCCACUGUGGGUUGGAGCCACCUGCAUCAUGCUGCCAGACUUCCAGCCACACAAGGUUUGGGAGAGGCUAUUGAGCUCUGAGGCGCCAAGGGUAAACGUGUUUAUGGCCGUUCCCACUGUCUACUCCAAGCUGAUCCUCCACUACAAGCAGCAUCUGACACAGCCCAACGUCAGGGACUACAUCAGGGCUGUUUGUCAGGAACGCAUCAGGCUGAUGGUUUCCGGUUCUGCCGCUCUGCCCAUACCGGUUCUCCAGAGCUGGGAGCAGAUCAGCGGCCACACCCUGCUGGAGCGCUAUGGAAUGACGGAGGUCGGCAUGGCUCUGUCUAACCCCCUGCUGGGUCCCCGUACACCAGGUGCGGUUGGAGUUCCGCUACCUGGCGUAGAGGUCCGCAUCGUCCUUGAUAACGGUAGCAGCAUCAUCGUUGUUGCUGAAGGCAACCACAGAAACUGCCAGGUGUGUCCAGGUCUUGAGGGGAAGGAAGGCGAUCUGUUAGUCCGAGGUGAGACUGUAUUUAAGGAGUACUGGAACAAACCACAAGAGACCAAGGAGUCCUUCACGGCUGAUGGAUGGUUCAAAACAGGAGACACUGCGGUCUACAAGGACGGAGUGUACUGGAUCAUGGGCCGCACCAGCGUCGACAUCAUCAAAAGCGGCGGAUAUAAGAUCAGCGCCCUCGAUGUGGAGCGCCAACUAUUGGCCCACCCAGACAUUACAGAUGUGGCGGUGAUCGGUGUGCAGGACCAGACCUGGGGGCAGAAGGUCACGGCGGUGGUGGAGCUGGAGGGGGGGCACAGCAUGACGCUGGACCAGCUCAAGGCCUGGGCCAGGGAGCACAUGGCCCCCUACACCAUCCCGACUUGUCUCCUGGUGCUCGACCAGAUUCCCCGGAACCAGAUGGGAAAAGUCAACAAGAAAGAGCUACUGCAACACUUCUUUCCCGGCUCCUAGACCCAUCACCGUGGCUUUUCUUACCAAGACAUGCCCCCCCCCCCCCCCCCCCUUCUCUUGAGUCUAUCCCCAUGACCCAGACAUGCAUUCAUUAGAAUGCUAUUCAAUUUUAAAUUGUCAAAAUUUGUAUUAAAUAUGACAAUUAUGUUAAUUGUUCCACAAUGGGUGUGUGUGUGUGUGUGUGUAAGACUGCAUAGUCGCGUGUGUGUCCUGCCAUUUGCAGCUGUGGUUCAGGAGGUGCGAUAAGAACCUGAAGGCAGAUCCUCCUCAGAGAUCCUCUCUCCCUCUUUCUCUAUCUUUUUUUCUGUCCUUCUCUUUUGCUCUUUAUGUCUCUUCUCUCUUUUCAUCAGCCUCAUGCAGCUCUUCACUAAAUCCAGGGCUCUGACAAGCAGCGACUCGUUCGAUUGGUAUGAACCCCAUUCAAAAGUCUGCUUCUAACCAAGUACCGGUACAGUCCAAAUGCAUUGGGGAGGUAACUUGUGAGGACUUGGGAAAAGCAAGUAUCCAAGAAUGCAUUUCACAACAACCAGCGGCACUGCGUCAGGAGGAGUUACUCCUAGUGUACUCCUGAGUCAUACUUGCCAAGUACAGAGUACGCAAGUCCGAACAUGCCGUAUUUGAUUUAGAGAGGCCCGGUAUCUCGUUCCAACCUGCGAUUGGUCCAAAAUAUCACAUGGUUACAGUAGGAUCUGGAUAGUGGGCUUUUACCUAUUGUCAGACCCUCCAGGAUUUCGGGAUGUUGCGAUUCGCAACUUCAACGCAACAUCAAUCAUUCACCGCGAAUUGAGGACGGUGUCGCAAUUUUAACCAACCACCGCAACUUUCCCGCAAAUUUGACCAUUCAGUGGCGUCAUCUUGAACUGACGUCGACAAACAACCUUCCGCCUUACUUCCAUGUUUACUACUUCAAGCGAUUGAAGCAUUCAUGCAGCAUGUGCGUGUCCAACGUUUCACACUUGCCGACCAAAAUAACUGCGAAAGAUCGCGAAAAGCAGUAUCCUGCUUUCUACAUGAAAGCGAGGGGAAAUUAUUUGCACUGCAUGCAACAUUGUGGUGGAACAUAAGCGGAAAUCUUCCAUUGAUAAGCAUUUUGCCACUGCGAAACAUAACUACAGAACUGCAGAACUGCAGGCAGGACGUUAGACGACGAGGCAGAUCACUAUGACACAGGCUGUGGCAUCCAAGUCAAUUGCCAGUGCGGACAGAAUCAAGAAUAAAUUAUUCAUAGGACCAUUUCUCAGUGUUUUUUUCUUUUUAAUUAAUGUUUUUUCAGUAAUAACUUAAUAUUUAAUAAUUACUCAGGGAAAAUUGCAGUAAUAACUUAAUAUUUAACAUUAGGAAAAUCACAACUUUUAUUGCAACUUUCACUUCCUCUAGCACUGUAAUCGCAACAAAAACCUUAAAAACACGCAACUUUCAUCGCAACUUUAUGGAAAAGCUCACGCAACAGCAGGCAUUUUAGGCCGCAACAAUCUCAAAAAAGGCCCGCGAAAUCCUGGAGGGACUGUAUUGUUCAGGAAUGGCAAAGCAAGAGCAAAUGUUGCUGAAUUAAAUAAUUAGAUGACAUACAUGUACCUUUCAUAGUCUUUCACAAAGAUAGGCAGAAUUAUUGCUAAAGCUAGCAAGCUAGACAGGAGUUUUUGGGGAGGGGCUUUGGUGGGAGGCUUGAUAGGAGGGAUUGGGAUUUUCUCGGUUCGAUUCUUUCAAAAAUGUUUCUCCCAAUUGCCUAUCCUAGCUUUAAAGUCACGUAACAAUGUUUCUUAAUGCACAAGAUGUCUUCGGGCAAUGAAUGUAAUUUUUGUCAUGUCGUAUGUUAUAUACAUGGAGUCUGAGAUCAAUAAAUUGUAGAUUGCUAUUUAA